AUGGACAGCACCGACCUUGAGGCUGUGCAUCCGGCAGAGCCUGUCAUGGACGAGGCAUCUGACGCCGAUCGAGAAGUUCUCCGCUCUCGCAAGCCUCUUCGCGAGGAGAUCGAAGUCCUCAUCGACCCAUACCGUAACUCGACAGAAGAGCCCCCCUUCACAUCAGACGAAUUGGUCGUCAUGACUAUCAUCUCCAGCGACUUUGUAUGGAUGUCCAAAGAAGAGAUUUUCAGGGCGAUCAUCACGACUUAUCCGUAUUUCAUCGCUCGUGCAGUCGAUCAUAGCGUCCACAGGCUGCGCAGGUACGACGACACCGAUUGCAUCAUGGAUCCCAAAGACGAGGUGGAGUCAGUGCGUAGAUCCAAUUCCGCAUUCGAUCGUUUACAAAGUUCCGCUCAUGGUGAGAGGAGAAAAAGGCGCAAAUGGCUUUGUUGAGGUCAGGUCUUGCCACUAUUCGAUUCGGGCCUCUCAGGCGCGCAGAUUUCUUGAGAAACGGCUGUGCAAAGAGCGCAAGGGCAUCUUCCGCUUCUUGGACUUGCCUGCAGAGAUCCGCAAUUCCAUCUAUGAGGAGCUAUUGGUCUAUCCGAGCCCAGGGCUGCGGAUCAGAGGCCGUCUUGAGGGGACAGUUUCCCAUCGCGUUGGCGACGAAGUCGGAGGAAGUGUGGGCUGGUACACCGACAUCGAUACCUCCAUCCGUACCUCCAUUGAUUGGGGCAGGGAUCUCGACCGCACCGGACCUUGCUUCAAAUGGCCCAACCGCCUCAUGUGGCCAGUAGUUGAACUGUGUCAUCUCGACCUGGAAGUUCCGGUUACCUGUCGGCAGAUAUACCGAGAAGCAAUGCCCAUCUACUACGGACUCAAUUCUUUCUCCAUCGAUUCUCGGUCGAUUCUCGAUGGGACUUUGCGAGGGUUUCCAGCCGCCGCAAAGCCCCAUAUCAAGCGUCUUCAUCUACUGUUGGGCUGUCGCGAGCCUGCUGGUCUCCCCAUCGUCCACUUUCCUCGUUUGGAUUUCAAGCUUGACGAGCUUCGACUUACCAUAAAGGAUAAGGACUGGUUCAGCUUUGGAUACAACCCUGAAUACGAUAACUACGCGAGGGUUGGUGGAAUGGACUCUAUAGUCGCACUUGCUGCAAACGCAGAGGUGGUGGAGGUAGAUUCGACCGGCACUCCCGGUGAGCGCAUGGACGAUUGCAGGAUCUUCCAGCAGUUCAUCUCGACUGCGAGGUUACAGUCCAACGGAGGCGAUGAAUCGUCCAGCUCUGAUGGACCCGACAAGGCAAGAAACGAUUUUGAAGAAGCAUAA